AUGGCGCGAAAAACCAUCAACGUAAUCGUUGUCUGCGCUGCGAUCGCUUGGUGCCUCGUCCUCGCCGAGCAGCAGCAGCAGCAGCAGCUCGACUCUGGAUCGAAAGACGAUCAGUACGACGAUAAUGGCUGGGAGGACUCGGUGCCAGGUCUUGCGGGACGGGAUUAUCCGAAUUUAACCAGCAUACCCGAGACGUCGUUCACCUGCGUUGGAAAAACACCCGGCGGUUACUACGCCGACGUCGAGACCAGAUGUCAGGUCUUCCACGUCUGCAGCACCCAAGGCUCGAAGAGCUCCUUCUUGUGCCCGAGCGGCAGCAUAUUCAAUCAGCGCCACUUCGUCUGCGACUGGUGGUACGACUUCGUCUGCGAUCACGCCCUCGAUCUGUACUCGCUCAACGACGCCCUCAACGAUCGCACGGGCCCCGAGCCUCAGCGGACGAGGAAUCGGGCCACGUCGCCGAGCCCGCCCCAGGCGACGAGCACCACCGAGCGAUCGCGCGAUCAUCAGGACCGUUACUCGCUGGCCCCUCUGCAGUCCAACUCGCUGAGCGGCGGCAAUCACGAUCUGUCGCUGGCCAGUUCCGGUUACACCAAUAACUUGAGGGACGAGGCCAAUCUCAUUUACGAGGAUUACGUACCCUUAAAAACGUCCGAUAGCACCAAGGAGAAGGAGAAAUCAUCGAGCGGCAACAACGGGAACUUGAUAGUUUCCGGGGUAAGGAAAGCCGGUGAAUUGCGCACGGGAAGCUUUGAUAAUUACUCUGAUGGACGUCGAAAGGAUUCGACGUACAGUGGUAACGACGCGGGACGUUUCAAUGGCCAGAACAGCUUCCAGCAACAGCAGUCGACUACCACGACCGAGGCUAGAUCUCACAAUUACGGAAACGUUCGACAGACGACCUAUCGCUCGCGAACGGCUCAGGACAUUACUCCUCGCGGUUUCUCCAAGGAUAAUAACGAGGAAUUGGCCCAUGCCGAGGCACGCGGCUUCGUGAGAAAUCGAGACGGCCCGGCUUUCUUCGUUAACAACGGCUUGUCCGAGAACGGAAAAAAUCAGAACAAUUUGGUGCAGGGCUCGAGCAAGUCAGAUAACAGCAACAACAAGUACAGCAGCAAAGCUUACGAUACCUUCAACGCCAAGGUCACGACCAGAGCUUACAGUACUGUCAAAUUUGAAAAUCAGUAUCAGAGCACCGAGAAGAUCAAUCCCCUGCCGCAGGAAAAUAAUUACUAUCGCGACGUUUAUAAGAAAGAAAACAACAACAAUAACGUAAAGAACAACGAGAACAACAAUAAGAAUAACAACAACGACUUCUACAAGAAUCAUAAUUAUAACAAUAAUUUCGAUAACAACAAUCAGAAUUACAACAAUUACGAUAACAAGAACAAGAACAAUUACAACAACAAUAAAAAUAACGUCGACGUGACCGUCGAGAAUCGCAAGUAUGAGAAUAAUCACGAUACGUCCAGCACCUACGCGAACCACAAUUAUGGAAAUCAGAAGGACGUUACCAUUAGCAAGAGUUACUACGACAAGAGCCGUAACGAUAAUUACUAUCGCAAAAUCAACAUUUACGCGAGCAACAACAACAACGCCGUGAAAACGACUAAACCGUAUCAGCAGACGACCGAGCCCUACGACAAGGCCAAUAUAAUUUACAACGAGGACACGUUCGAUCCGACCCUCGAGGAGGGCACGACCACUCCGCCGGACUUUGUUUUCUCGAAUCCCACGGAUGACGAGGCGGAUCGACAGCGUCAGCGCACCAUCGACAUGAUCGAUUUCAAGCGCAUCCGUAACGGCCAGCGCCAGCAGCAGCAACAGGAGUACUCGACUCCGUCGUUCCUGAUUCGCGAGGAAAGCGCCCACUUUUAUCAGCAUGAUCGCGACUUGUCCACGAGCAGCUCGGGCUCACACCAGCAGCAGAAUCAGCAACAGACUCAGCAGAACCGACAGCAGCAGCAAACGCAGCAGCUGCAACAACAGCAGUUGAACCAGCAACAACGCCAGCUCAAUCAGCAACAGCAGCAACAGAACGCGCAACAGCAGCUAAACAAUCAGCAAGCACAGCAACGACAGCAGUUACAACAGCAGCAGCAAAAUCAUCAAUUUUUGGGAAGACGGCCGGCCGGUGGACUGCCCGGCGGCUCGGGUAGCGGUGUGCCAGGCGUCAAGAAGACUCUGGUCUCCGACACGAUAACCGGCAAGCCAAGCUCCGCGGCGAGCUUCAACAAGAUCCCCGCCGGCCCGAGCGAGAAGCCAACGACCGUCUCGGCCUACACGGAGCAGCCGUCGACGGCUCGGACCUACGACCCGGACAAUUACGAUGACGACGACGAGGACUUGAACGAGUUUGGCCCUGACGGCUUGAAUUGGAAUCACAGAUGGGACAGCGCGAGACAGUGA